AUGGGGAGAGAACUGUGCGUGCAGUUUGAUGCAGCAGGACGUGCCCGGUCCCCACGCGGGAGCAUUGCCACUGCCUGGUUUGUGCACGCACUACAAAUGCCACGCUCAUCCACCCUAAAUGCCACCAUGAAACCCGUUGCUCGGAGCAACCGCUGGGGACAACACGUAAACGCAUCAACAAAUGAGAUCGCUUCCAGGAGGCCCUCGGAGAAUACUGCAUCCCCUACCCCAUACGCGACUUUAGAUCCAUUCUUCGACCGUUCGACAUUCCCUGUUCACGAUAACCAGCUUAGCCGCCACCCCUCCCCCUUGGCCUUGUGCAGGGUCGCCAAUUGCCUGACGUAUCGGCCCCGCAAAACAGCAGUGCAACCCGGGGUCAAAUCCGACACAUUCAAAAUGGCUGCCUCCGAUGGUGCUUCUUCGAUCAACGUUGCAGUCAGAGUCCGUCCAUUCACUAUCAGGGAGGCAGCCCAAAUCACCCGGUGUGAUGAUGGUCCUCUGUUUCUCGGCGACGGAUCUCUUGCCGGGGCGCCAACGCCAAAACUUAACCAGAAGGGUAUAAGGUCAAUCGUCAAGGUUAUCGACGAUCGAUGCCUGGUGUUUGACCCCCCAGAGGACAAUCCUGUCCAGAAAUUUUCCAGAAGCGUCGUGCCCAAUGGCAAGCGCGUCAAAGAUCAAACCUUUGCCUUCGAUCGCAUCUUCGACCAGAAUGCCUCCCAGGGAGAAGUCUACGAAUCUACCACGCGGAGUUUGCUUGACAACGUGCUCGAUGGAUAUAAUGCAACGGUUUUUGCAUAUGGUGCAACUGGAUGUGGAAAGACCCAUACGAUCACAGGAACUGCCCAGCAGCCUGGUAUUAUCUUUCUGACCAUGCAAGAGCUAUUCGAACGAAUCGACGAGCGGUCAGGCGAAAAGUCGACUGAGGUGACACUCUCUUACCUCGAAAUCUAUAACGAGACCAUUCGUGAUUUGCUGGUCCCAAGUGGUAGCAGCGGCAAGGGAGGUUUGAUGCUACGGGAAGAUUCCCAGCAAUCUGUCUCUGUCGCUGGCUUGUCGAGUCACCACCCACACAACGUCGCCCAAGUCAUGGAUAUGAUCAUGCAGGGCAACGAGCGUCGCACCAUGUCCCCCACCGAAGCGAAUGCCACUUCAUCUCGAUCCCAUGCUGUUCUUCAAAUCAACAUUGCCCAGAAGGAUCGAAACGCCGACGUGAAUGAGCCCCAUACAAUGGCCACUUUCAGCAUCAUCGAUCUUGCUGGCAGUGAGCGUGCCAGUGCAACAAACAACAGAGGAGCGCGCUUAUUCGAAGGUGCCAACAUCAAUAAGUCUCUUCUGUCCUUGGGAAGCUGCAUCAACGCCCUUUGCGACCCCCGAAAGCGUAACCAUAUCCCUUACCGAAAUUCGAAACUCACCCGGCUGCUCAAAUUCGCCCUUGGUGGAAAUUGCAAGACGGUCAUGAUUGUUUGCGUCAGCCCCUCUAGCCAGCACUUCGAUGAGACUCAGAAUACUCUUCGGUAUGCGAACAGGGCCAAAAAUAUUCAGACCAAGGUGACCCGAAAUGUGUUUAACGUCAACCGACACGUUAAGGACUUCUUGGUCAAGAUUGACGAGCAAAUGAACUUGAUAAACGAGCUCAAGGCGCAAGCGAAGGAUCACGAAAAGGUUGCCUUUUCCAAGUUCCGCAAGCAAGGAGAAAAGAAAGACGCCGUCUUGCGUGAAGGCGUUGCCCGCAUUCGCAAUGCCUAUGAGCAUACCUUGCCCGAAAGACAAGAGAGGACAAACAACAUGCUAAAAUCACGACAGAUUAGCCGUCGCAUUGCUAUUCUAUCAUCGUGGAUCGCAGCAUUUGACAACAUCUGCGCUACACGCGAGAAUGAUGAGGGUCUAUCCAGUCUCCAUGCAGUUCGCAAAUCUGCGCAGGGGAUUCUCAUCGAGUUGGAAGGCAGCAGGCACCAUUACAACCAAAGAUUAUCCAAGAGCACCUGGGACCGACCCGUUGUUUCUGCGGUUGAGAACGCAGCCAAGCAACUCAAAGAAUUCGAUAUUACCGAUAACAGCGACUACGCCAACUUAAACCGAGAAGCAGAUCUCCUGAGGUCUAGCGCAGAGCGUGAGGCAUUGACAGCUGUGGCGGAGCAAGAUAAGGCCGGAGAAGCCGCUGCCGUGCAGCUUCUGCUUGAAGCACAGUUCGAGACUAUGGCUUCAAUCGAGGAUAUCAUGCAACUAAACGCAAGCGAAGCUAUUCAAAAGGGGCGCACCAUCCUCUCCAAGAUGUUGGAUCAUUGUUCGAAUGCCGCAAGCAAUCUUGUCAAGCCCGAUGGCAGCAUGCCGUCUGUCUUGAACCUCACUUCUGCCCGGCCUCCCAGUCCCAUGAAGCCGAAGAAGAGAUUCAGCUUAGUGGGCAUACCACCAGUCUCCACCGUCAAUCCCCCGGUAACGAUGGCCCCUGUUGCACCGCCUUCCCCCACCAAGGGCUCUCCGCGACGCCGUAGGGCGACUGUCGGCCGAAAGAGCGUCAGCUUCUCACCAAAGAAAGUCCAAGUAAAGCCCACAAAGAGAUCGGUCCGUUGGAGGGAUGAUGAGGAUGAAGGCGACCUCACGGAAUUCCAAAAGACCCCCAAGAAAGCCGAAUCUACAGAUGAAUAUAGUUCUGAAGAGCCAUCUUUGCCCCCUCGCUCAGGUUCUCCUAUUCUGCGAAACUUCCCGAGAAUCGUGAGCCCGUCGGGUUCAAUCUCGCCCACCCCCGAUGAGCCCACCGGGCCUGCCGAACCGACUUUGAAUGUUCAAAAGAACAACAGCCGGUUCCAAGCCGGGUUCCUAUCAAAGAAGAACGGGAGCUCACCGCUAGCACCGCCACCUACCUCCUCUCUUCCACUUUCUCGCAGCCGAGAGAGCUCUCCUCUGCGUGACAUCGAAGGAAGCAGCUUCAUGAAUCGUCCUGCAGUGGAGCGCCCAUCACGCAUCGCCGUGCGCAGCCCAAGUGGAAACCUUUUGAGCAGUCCGGUAUCCGAAAACAGAGACAACUGGAAGUCGAACAGAGAAGAAGCUAUUAAGAUCAAUUCGGCUAUGCGUCGCAUGUCUAGUGGGCGAGUGACGAGUGGACAGCAUGGUGCGCCGUCUGCUAACGCUCUUCGCGUCCAUCGUCGACGUAGCCCCACUGCUGCUGCCCACGGUACCUCGCCAAGUGACAAUCACAUGUUCACCGCAUCGCAGGCACGACGGAUGGUCAAGAGUGAGCGGGAACACGAUGCGAAACCUCGUGUCUUGAGUCCUCACACGCUCCCUGUCAUGAAGAAUACGGGACGUCGCUCUACUCUGGGGGACGGCCGACCUCGCAACGUCAGCCUUUCGAGUAGAGAUGCCAUUCGCCUUAGUGCGAUGGCAGCGCCCCCCGACCACGGCGCCGACGGGUGUACUCCACCUGAAUUUCGGAUGUCUUUCGCCGCUCCGCUUGCCUCGACGCUUUUCUCACGUUUCUUCCGUCCCUUUUCAACCACUCCGACUCGUUCCCUCUCGCCAGAAACACAAUCGCGCAAUAUGUCAGACUCACAGAUCGCCACCAUAGCAGCCGGCUGCUUCUGGGGCGUCGAGCACCUCUACCGCAAGAAUUUUGGUAACGGCAAAGGCCUCCUCGAUGCCAAAGUGGGAUAUUGCGGUGGCUUGACCCCCGAUCCCUCAUACCGAUCCGUGUGCUCCGGAACAAGUGGUCACGCCGAAGCUCUGCAAGUUACAUUUGAUCCUUCAAUCGUGACAUACCGCCAGCUCCUCGAAUUCUUUUACCGCAUGCACGACCCCACCACAGAAAACCGACAGGGUCCGGAUGUCGGCACACAAUACCGCAGUGCUAUCUUUACACAUGGUGCCGAGCAGCAGACGAUUGCCGAGCAGGUUACACAAAAGGUCGGCACGGAGUGGUAUAAGACGCCCCUCUCUACCAAGGUCGUGCCUGCGGCUCAAUGGUGGGAUGCAGAGGAAUACCACCAGCUCUACCUCUCGAAGAACCCGGCUGGAUAUGAAUGCCCUGCUCAGUAUGUUUUCUGCCUGGAAUAUUUUUUUUCUUCUUUCUUUUCGAGCUUGCCACUGACUCCUCACAGCUUUAUUCGGAACUUCUCUCCUCUGUCUGAAUGA